UACAUUCCAUGGCUCAUGGCUGAUGGCUCUCUCUCUCUCUCACUAAAAAAACCCUCCUCUUAUCCUUUCAACGCCGGAUUUCUCUCCGCCCCCGCCGCCCCCAAGGUCCGUCAGCAGGCGGCCUCGCCACUCGGGAGGAUCCGGGUCGCCUCCGCGGGCUGUUCGACGCAAACUCUCGGGGGACGGCCGGGUCUCCCCAGCGUCUUUUUUUUUUUUUGAAACAGUCUCCCCAGCAUCACACUCGCCAUGGUUGCCUCGUCAGCAUGAUGGGGGCCAAAAUGUGGCUUUAUCCUUGCGUUGUGGCUUGUGCGGCGCGGAGAUUGGAGAUUCUAGCCCAGGCAGAAGGUUCUCAUUCGGUAACAUGCUGGCAGUUGGAGUUGGGUGCUCGGCUACUCGCCGAACAUUGUGACGUGUAUAGUAUUUUUUUUCCUUCCCCUUUUUUGAGGCAGACAUGUACAGCUUCGGGUGAGAGGGUUUCAGACAAAAUUCACAGUGCAAGAAGCCUGAUGGGAGGCAAUGGUCGAUCUGGGCCCUCUGGGGGCACUCAUGUCUGGUCUCUGCAAGGGUGGUCAGAUGAAGCUGUGGACUCCUAGGAGAGAUGCUAAGACCAAGGAAAUGAGUUCUCUGACAGAUUGUUUGCAUACACUUCUUAUAACUUGGUUCUGCAAAAUGGGGGACAUGGAGAAAGCUCUCGAAGUACUUUUGUGACCUGAGUGAAAAGGGUUUGGUGCCUGAUGUUUUCACAUGUAACACAUUGAUGGAUGGUUAUACUCUAAUAAGUUCGAUCAGAUUGAAACGGCAAAGGGAUUGCUGAUUGGCAUGGAUAGUUGCAGCAUGUUAGUUUCUAGUCUAGUGACUAUAGGAGAUGUCAAAGUUGACGGUUUGACAAAAGAGAUCCUUACAAAAGGAAUCUUCAUCCCUGUAUAAUUUCAGGGGAAACAGAAAUAGAGGUUUAAAUUUCCUGCUGGCAGUGCACAGGUUGUCAGUUAUUCCUUUCUGGAGCAAUAAGUUGAACUUGCAUUGAAACAAUUGAUUUUAUGUUAUGCUGCAAAUGCUUCAAGGGGAGCAAGGAGUCCUCAUCCAUGUGAGGAACAUCUGAAUGCCGCUGUUGUCUAAAAGGACAUCUGCAAGUGCCAACACUGCUGUUUCUCUUUUGAGAUUUUAGCAGAUGACCAGGUCUCUUAAUGAUGCAAUUUCGACGAUUAUGAAAUUGGAUUAUUGGUGUUAAUUUGGAGGCAUAGUUUGAUGACAGUAUGAUAGUUCAGUUAUUGGCUGCAACCAUGCAGGAACCCACCAAGUAAACUGAAAAUAAUCUUUUACUAGAUAAUUGAUAGCAGGGCACGUUUGGUUGUUGAGCAAGCCUUGAACCCUGCCUUGCCAGGCAAGCCAAACCUGGCCCACGGUGGUGAACUGUUUCUGCUCGCACACUUCAUGGGGAAAUGAUGGAAACCACAAGCCCCGAGGCAAGCCGGCAAGAGAACAAACACGAUUUUUUGCACCUGUUUCUGGCUUGGCAAGGGUCUCUGGAAAUAAAAGCAAGAAGCUUAUGAAGUUGCAUGUGAGAACAGUGCUGACACUUUAAUUUUCGGACCAUAGAGUUGGUGCAAAUGCUAGUGCCCUGAAGCUUUGGUACAUAAUCAAUAUAGGUGGAAAUGUGGAAUGUAAAACAAAAACCAGCGGAGUUUUUAGUGAAGUCUCAGUGUUCAAGGGACAUGAUUUGUAACUGGCAGAGUAGAUUUAUAUCAGCAGCAAAAAUGUAUAUGGUUAUCAAGACCCUCCAAUCAUUGAGACUGUUAUAUCUGGAUGGUCUACGGACUACAGUGAACCAGGCCUCUGGAGCUUAGUAGAAUCACAUAAGUGAUGGCUUAAACUUCGUGCAGUUCUGGUGGCAAACUGGUGCAAGUCUGCAGACUCAGCAUUUGAUGAACAGAUCUGCUUUGUACUUAAAUAUCCAGCACCAUUGCUGAGGCUUGUCAGCUUGUAGCUGAGCCGGUAUCUUCUAAGGUUUUCACAUCUUAAUAAUGGAUGCGUCCAGUGCUUUUGAGUUUCAACUUCCAUUAGGGGUCCCAGGUUAGAUACUUUUCCUGAAUUUCUGUCACCUGUCUACUUACCAAUUGCUCAUUACUUAUUCUUCUGACUACACAUUAGUAUGAUAUAAACACUAAACAAGCUUGGUGUUUGGUUUGAAGAUAUAGUUUAUCAUGUUUGAAUGGUAACUGGCACAUACUCUAGGAAAAAAAACUGAGUUUAGCUUGCAUAGUUCAUACAACUUCUGGGUAGUAGAGUCCUAUUUUGAUGUCUUCUGUCACUUGGCUUAGCGAGUUGGCCUUUCUUAUCUCCUAUUGUAAACUGGUAACCCCCAGUUUGGAUCGGGGUCUGUUUAAGCUUUCUAAUAAAGCUGGGUGGGGUCUUUGAUCUAAAAAAAAGAUAAGGUAUUCUGCAUUCAUAAGCAGCUAAACAAAUCAUUAGUAAUCUCUAGCUUUCAUCUCUAUUUGCAGGUGUGGCACAUGUAGUCUUGUAUCAUACCUGAUCUUGCUGAUCUUGUGAUCUGCUCAUAUUGAUUACUUUAGCAUGAGAAGAGUAAGAUCCGAAAGAGUUCAAUAGUCAUGCUACUUGUAGCAUCAGCUUCAAUUGUCAAAAUCCACCAGUGCUAAAUUAACAUCAGUAGGUGAAUUUUAGCUGUUAAUAGCAAGGGUACUGUACUCUGUGUAAUGGUGAAUAUCUAGUGCAAAUAUUUAUUGAAAUGCAGUCAUGCAAAUUCCAUGUUUGAAUUAUACAUAUAAUGACUAAUUAGAAAAACAUUUUCAGAGUACACGAUCCCAAUUUCAUUCUACAAGUCUAGAUCACAGUUCACAUGUGUUCCGUGUUCGCCUCAUUGGUUUAAUAAGAAUUUACCAGACAAAUUUAAAGUAAAAAAUUUCCAAAAUGAGGCCUUUAAUUUAGUCUAGAGUCAAAUCAGGAGGAACCCGUAGCCAUGUGCCAGAGCAUCUGAUCCGCAUCUCGCAGGCUGUGCAGUAUUGCUAAACAAGUGUUCUUUUUUGGAACCAGUAAACAAGUGCCUUCUUGAAUCUUGAACACUGAUUCGGCACCCUAGAAUACCAAGCUCCUCCUGUGAGUUUCGUGUACGUUUACGUUCUGGUUAUUGUUUUUAUGUAGGGUACUUUUUGUUUGUUUAAUAUUUUUUUUCCCUUUUGGGGAUAGGGGACAAAUUAUUAUCAAAGGAACACAUUAUUACACAGGAAAAAGGGGGUUGAGUUGUGUAGGCUCCUUACUUCCAAACAACUGCUAUGCUACCACGAGUUCACUGCAAGAAGCUACUCCAUUUUUUUGUGAGGUAUCAGGAAUCAGGAUAUUGAAUCAAAUAGGUGAGAAAAAUACCAUGUUGCUUCAUGUGGAUUAAAGGACUGACUUUUCUUAGCUCACAUAUUUAAUUGAGGAGUGUUUUCUUUAUCCUUUCAGCGUAGCUAGCUAGUGAUCCAACUAAUAGCUCUGUUUCUCUGCAUUAAUUUUGCAUCUUUGUUUUGUCUAUUUUUCUUCUCUUUAGAUCAGGAUAUGCAUAUUUAUUGUGAUCUCUGUCAUGUGCUUAUAGUUGUAGGCCUCUUAAUCGUUGCCAUUGACACCAGAACAAUAUUAUACAUAUCCUUAAACUCUAUAUAGUAUCAGCCCAAUAAGACAAUGCAAAAUAUAAGCAAUAGGCUUUUCAUCCAUGUUCCACGGUUUAAUGUGAAUCUGUUACUAGCUGUUUACCUUGCAGACAUGCCGUUCUUAACGGCAGCCGACAUAUUAUAUCGUCUAAUAAUAAAAUGGCUAAUGGCCUCGUGACAAUCAAAAUCACCACAUGAAACACUGGCUUCAAAUCCAAGCGAGUUCAAAGUCAAAGCGAACUUGGAAUUUGCACCCAUGGGCAAAGUAAAAGGACUUAUUUUUUUUUCUAAUCAUGUUAGGUUCAGUCUGAUUGCACAUUAACCAUCUGAUCUCGUCUUCUUGAUAGAUGUGAAGUCAAGGUCUACUCACAGUUUGUUAUGGAUGCAGUAUAGGUGCCCCCAGACCCCAACUGGGCAAUUUGCCCAUGUUACCAGUUAAACUCUGAUCCCAACUAUCUCCCACUGAAAACAGGCGAAUCUUUUGUAUGUUCAGUGUUAACAGCGACAAGUGGGCCUUCCUCCCACUGCUCUAUAUAUGUAUGUCCAUAAUAAGGAAAAAAAAGAGAUUCCUUCAUACACGUGGCGCUUGCCUUCAGACGACUUUGCAUGCAGUGAGCGCCUAUAUAUGUCCACCCCAUCUUCCUCCUACCAUCCUGUGUAGUCAAACCACAGCAAGUUGAACUAGCAACAGCAAGCCUAGUGGUGCUCAUCUGAGCUGCAAAAGGAUAUACUAUACAUGGGGUCCUUAGGCUUGCUGGUUCUAGCGAUCGCUGCCUUUCUGGAGCUCACCAGAGCCGACUCCUGGCAUGGUGGCCGCGCCACGUUCUACGGCGGCGGUGACGCCUCUGGUACUAUGGGAGGAGCGUGUGGGUAUGGCAACUUGUACAAUGCCGGGUACGGGAAGAACACCGCGGCGCUGAGCACCGCGCUGUUCAACAACGGGCAGAGCUGCGGCGCGUGCUUUGAGAUCCGGUGCACGGGCAGUGGCAGCUGCCGGUCUGGUUCCGCCACUGUGACGGCCACCAACUUCUGCCCGCCCAACUAUGCGCUCGCCAACAACAAUGGUGGAUGGUGCAACCCACCACAGCCGCACUUCGACCUCUCCGAGCCGGUCUUCACCCAGAUCGCCAUUGCCGGUGCCGGCGUCGUGCCUGUCCAAUACAGGAGGGUGGCGUGCGUCAAGCAGGGUGGCAUCCGGUUCACCAUCAACGGCCACUCCUACUUCGUCCUGGUGCUCAUCACAAACGUGGGCGGCGCUGGCGACUUGACGGCGGUGUCGGUGAAGGGAUCGGGGACGGGCUGGCAGACGAUGAGCCACAACUGGGGCGCCAACUGGCAGAACGGCGCCCUGCUCGACGGCCAGGCGCUGUCGUUCCAGGUCACCGGCAGCGAUGGCCGCACCCUCACGUGCGACAACGCCGCACCAGUUGGCUGGAGCUACGGCCAGACCUACACCGGCAAACAGUUUUAACCGGCCGGCCGUCUGUGCUCGGCGGCCGGUCACGAUUAGCAUCGUGUGUGUGUGUGUGUGUACGUGUGCGUCGCCGGAGGAGGGGCUCUGUUUUGAAGCAACUCGCUCGAGAGCGGCAAGGUCUCUAUGGUUAGGGGCUUGUGACUUAACGUUGUUGCGACUGAAGCAAGGCAUGUGCGUCGUCGCCAGACACCGAAGAUGGGGGCUCUGGGCGCUUUUCACUUUUCAGCAGGCGUAUGCUUUGCAGGGACGCUUAAUUUGUUAUUAGGGUCAGGGUGUUGACUUUCGAGGCAUGGAAAUUGAUCAAUGGAUGGCUGUGGUGAUGAGCAGAAAUUAGCAGCUCGUCACCCACGCCGUGUACCACGUAAUUGCAGCUUUGCUGGCUUGAAUCAAUGGAAUUUAGCCUAGUUGUUCU